UGAAUACUUUCUGGUAAGCAUUUCCUAGCACCUCCCAGUUCAACACGCUGAGCAAUUUUCUCACGCAAAGAAACAAGUGUCAUCACAGCAUCACAAAGAGUAGAAGCUUAGAUUUGAUUUACCAGAGGAAGAUCCAUGGCCGAAAUACUAGGAUCUGCAGUUGCAGGCGAGUCUGUAAGCAGGAUUUUCGAUAUCCUAUCGGGUAACACUAGAGACCAUGGGAGCCCAGAAGACAACGCUGAGAGACUGGAGUUUGCAGUGCUGAAGAUCCACAGCGUUGUUGCCGUCUCUGAAGAUUGGCUGAUACUCCACCAGCCAUUGAUCAACUGGAGGGCGAGAUUAAAGCGUGUAGCCAAGGAAGGCGAUGACAUCUUGCGCGCUCACAGGAGGAGAUCCUCGGAUCGAAGGCAGAACGAGGGAGCUGCAAGGCAACAGGCUGCUUCUGUUCGUAAGCGGAUCACCCGAGCGGCGACGCGCUUCUUGCCUUUUCGCCGCGGGAAGGAGGAAGACGGUCCGAGCGACGCGACGGUGCGGAGGUUCGAGAGGCUGGCACACGUCGCCGAUGAGUUCUUCCGGUACGUCCAGUUUGGAGGCCGUCCGAGGAGCCUGAUGGUGUCCUUCAAAGUUCCCGUGGAGCCACUGAUUGCAGGAAAGACACUUGAGUUCUCCCAUCGGAUGGGCACCCGGGAUACCAUCCUCUUGCUUCAUCCAUGCGAUGGCGAAGCCGGCGGGCCGAAGGAGAUUGUUCUGUUCCUCUCCUACGACGACACUACGGUGUGGGAGAAGAAUUUGAAACUCUUUGUGGUGUUCCAGCUGCUUGAGAACAUCGACAUCUUGGACAUCAUCAUGUCUGCCUUGCAGCUCUUGCCUCCCCAAUUUGUUGCUGCCUGUGUGACCACAAGGGAUUUAGUCAAAGAGGUGCUACCACCGCAGGAAACGAGCUAUUUCGAAGCAUCGUCUGUGCCAAGGCGGUGCGCCUCCAUGGCAUGGUGGUGUCACCGUGAUUCCACGGACAGGAGAUGCCCUGCUGGUGACGGUAUGCGGCUGCCGUUGCCUAUAGUUCGAGUCGACGCCGUGUACUUCGCCAUGCCGCAGAAGGACUCGUCAGACACAUCUGCGAGCGACGGCCUGCCUCUCAGAUUGGUAUGUCAUAUCACUCCCUACCUUGUGCCCGAGAGGUACUCCGAGAACUACGAGCAGAUCGGGCAAGAAAGGCUACAGGAGCUAGAGCUGUUUCCAGAAGUGACGGCCCAAGGAACGCCUGCAUGCACAGGGAACUGGUGGUGUCCUCGUGCAUCCACGUUUUUGUCGGUGGAACCAGAGCUUUCGGUGCCGCCGCCGAAGCUGGAGCAGUUGUUCCUGAUGGAGAACUCCUGUAGAGCGGUGGAGUUCUCGCAGCAGUAGCAGAAGCAAUGUGCGGUAUAUUUCCCGAUCUUAGAUGUACAGCGGGGGAGUUCAGGGGCGGCGCGGAUCAGCUAAUGGGAAGGGUGUCCGACCUGGCGUGUUUCAUGGAAAAUGCUGCUUCUAAUGCAUCAGCUGCACCAACACCUGAUAGGUUGAUGAUCACGGAGGACUGAUCCAUUGGUUGCAAGAUGCAUUAGGAUUUGUUCGCUUUUGGCUGUGUGAGGGUUAGCUUGUUGGCUGUGGUGAUGUAAUGAACUUUCUCUCCUGUUGUGUGUUUCGAACCCUUCUGUAGCUAGGGGUAGGUUUUUUGCCUCGUUGUGUGGCUUUCGAUGCCGAGGCCAUACAGCGGGUUUUCCUACCAAAAAACUGCAUGUUCAUUCCCUUUUCUUUGUUUCCUUUUUAAUUGUUGUCGCAUCAAAAACAAGAACCUUGUAUUUCUGUUGAGAAAUUAAUGGAAAGGGGAGUGAUUCCAGGUUGAACAAAA